AUUGUUUGUGUCUGCAAAAGCUAUAAUGUCUACGUUAAAUCGUCCAAAAUCUCCGCAUACGCCCACAACAAUCAAAAAGGGCGAAAAGGAAGAUAGCUUCUGGGAUAAAUUUAGCACAUUAGGUCGUAAACGCGGCACACGUGAAGUGAAGAAAAUUCAAGAGGAGGGCAAAAAUGCAAUCGAUUCACCUGGUUCCCCAAAUCAAUUUGAUAUACCACCAGAGGACUAUGCGCUGCGUGAGCAUGAGCAGCGCGCUGUCAUUGAUCCAGUAUCCAUAAACGAUUUGGAGGUCAUUAAACUACAAAGGAUACUUAUCGAUUGGAUCAACGACGAGCUGGCAGAGCAGCGUAUUAUUGUCCAACAGUUGGAUGAGGACAUGUACGAUGGUCAGGUGCUGCACAAGCUCUGGGAGAAGCUCACCGGCAAAAAAUUGGACGUUCCAGAGGUAACACAAUCCGAGCAAGGACAACACGAGAAGCUCAACAUUGUCCUGAAAGCUGUCAAUCAUACACUCGGCUUUCAUCAGAAGAUACCCAAGUGGUCUGUGGCCAGCGUUCACUCAAAGAAUAUAGUGGCCAUUUUGCAUUUAUUGGUGGCCUUGGUGCGGCACUUCCGCGCGCCAGUGCGUCUGCCAGAGAAUGUAUUUGUAACGGUUGUCAUUGCCGAAAAGAACGCCGGCGUCUUAAAUGCACAAAAGUUCCAGGAGCAAAUUACCUCGGAAUAUGAUGAUUUGGGCAUGCGCUGUGAGAAGGAUGCCUUUGAUACGCUCAUCGACUGUGCGCCCGACAAGCUGGCCGUUGUAAAGAAAUCUCUGAUUACGUUUGUCAAUAAGCAUCUGUCCAAGCUUAACUUUGAGAUUAACGAUCUUAAUACGGACUUCCGGGAUGGUGUUUAUCUAUGCCUGCUUAUGGGCUUGCUUGGCGGUUUCUUUGUGCCGCUGCACGAGUUUCAUUUGACGCCACAGGAUGUCGAUCAGAUGGUGAACAACGUAGCCUUUGCCUUUGAUCUAAUGCAGGACGUCGGUCUGCCCAAGCCAAAGGCACGUCCCGAGGAUAUUGUCAACAUGGAUUUAAAGUCCACAUUGCGUGUACUUUAUAGCCUCUUCACCAUGUUCAGAGAUUAUGCCUGAAGCGUUUCGAUCGUCUUCUAUUUUUUUUUUUUAAUUAUUGUUGUAAUAUAAAUAGUUUAUGCAUGCUUAAACACACGGAAGUAGCCAACUUGCGUGUGUGUGUGCCUGUGUGUGUAUGUGCCUAACCUGAAAGUCUAACCUGUUAACUCGAGCUUAGUUGUUACUAAAUAGAAUUUUUAUAUACAUUUGUAUAUUUUUGACUUGUGUAUUAAUAAAUUAUGUGCCUUGACA